CCGCUUCCGGCGCGUGACGCACUUCCUCUCAGCGGCCCUCAAAGCAGAGAGGGACGGUCGUUGCCGUCAGUCACGGUUUGUCUUCGUUGUUGUUGCCGCCGUUCAGCGAAGGCAAGUAGGCCGCGAGGGGAGAGGGAAGGAUAAGCAGAACGACGCCGAAAGGGAAUCUUGCGGACUCUCUUAUCAAAACUUCAUAAAAUAUGGUGGAUUAUUACGAAGUCCUAGGUGUACACAAACAUGCCUCACCAGAAGAUAUUAAAAAAGCGUACCGUAAACUAGCUUUAAAGUGGCAUCCUGACAAAAAUCCUGAUAAUAAGGAUGAAGCAGAGAGGCAAUUUAAACAAGUAGCUGAGGCUUAUGAAGUUCUGUCAGAUGCCAAAAAACGUGACAUCUAUGACAAAUAUGGAAAAGAAGGCUUAAAUGGAGGAGGAGGUGGAAGUCAUUUCGACAGUCCAUUUGAAUAUGGUUUUACAUUCCGGAACCCAGAUGAUGUCUUCAGGGAGUUUUUUGGUGGAAGAGACCCAUUUUCAUUUGAUUUCUUUGAAGAUCCAUUUGAAGACUUCUUUGGUAAUAGACGGGGGCCACGGGGAAAUAGAAACAGAGGCGGAGGAUCCUUUUUCUCUGCCUUUGGUGGAUUUCCUGCCUUUGGCAGUGGCUUUUCUUCAUUUGAUACAGGUUUUACUUCUUUCGGUUCUUUGGGACAUGGGGGUCUUACUUCAUUCUCCUCCACGUCAUUUGGUGGCAGUGGGAUGGGUAACUUCAAAUCAGUAUCGACUUCAACCAAAAUGGUUAACGGCAGAAAAAUUACUACAAAGAGAAUCGUUGAGAAUGGACAAGAGAGAGUAGAAGUUGAAGAAGAUGGUCUGCUAAAGUCUUUAACAAUAAAUGGUGUAGCUGACGAUGAAGCUUUGGCAGAGGAAUGCAGACGCAGAGGACAGAAUGCCUUGCCUUUCCAGCCUACUAGUGUCCGCUCUCCAAAGUCCCUGAAGCCUGCUGCCUAUCCCAAGCAUGUCUUCCACUGUAAUAGUGAUGAGGACGAUGACUUGGUUAUGACCGGCUGGGAGAGUCCCCAUUAUUCCUCAGGACACAAAGAAGUCAGCAAGAGGAAGAAGCAGAAGAUGAGAGAGGAGCAGAAGAAGAAGAAGACGGCCAAGACACCCUAUUAAAAUGGACUCCGAUGCCCCAAAACAGGAUGCCCCCCCCGUACCAAUUGACCCCUCCCCAGAUUCCUGGUGUAUAUCUUUCGUAUAGCUGUUCUCACGUAGCAAGAGAGAGACUCUUGGUUAAAGUUACACUGAACUUGCACUAUUAUGCUUGAGCAUCACGCAGAUUUGCUUAUGUUUCUGUAAGACACCCAGUCGGAAGCCUGCUCUGUAGAGAUCAUUUCCAUUGGAAUCAGUGGGUGUGACUUCUGAGUGGGAGUUUAGGAUCAGGAUGUUCCAUACGUCACAUAAGUAGAUUUCGGGGCUAGAAAUGUGUAUUUUUUUUUUGAAGUUCAGAAAUUGUAAUGUGGAAUCUUUUGAACUCUUCUUUUACGAGAGGGUCAAGCUACUGUAGUUUAGUGUGUUUCUUUUCAGACUAAAUGAAGUUGUAAAGAAUGUCUUUAGUUUUUGAAAUGACCAUUUUGAUCGAGGCGUAUUCUGUUGUUUUGGGUUAACCUACAUUUAACAGUACUGCAUUUCUCAUUUAAAUGUCCCCUGGAAAAAAGCUCAGAGUUUUAGGAACACCUGAGCAACCCUGGCUGGUUUUCUCUAUUGGAUUUCCCUUGGCUACAAGUAACCUUAUUUAUGUACUAUUGCCCUAUAAUGGAGUGAAAGAACAAAUCCGAAUGAACCGCUUUACAAAAUUGGUCCUGUUUCAUCCUUUAUGAUCCCUAGAACACAAAUGAUGACAGCUGCAUUUUUGAAAUAGCAGACUGCUUCCAUUAACGCUAAGAGUCACAAUACCAAAUUGGCCUCCCAGUUUCACCUUGUCUAACAUUUGAAGCGCAAGUUGAGUCUUGACUUGCCAGAAAGAGCUGAGGCCUUCUAUUCCUAGAUCUGUUCUGCUGAUUUUGUUCAUUAGAUAUACACAAUACGUGCUGAUUCUCGUUUGGGCUAAAUCGGGGGACGAAGACAUGUGCACACUUGGAAAAGUAAGGAUUUGAAUAUAGCAAGAUAACUUCAUUCCCCUCUACCGAAGCGUUUAAUCCGCAUGGUACGUAGCUUCAGUUAACCUCAUAACUAAAUACUAAGUUGGAGCUUUCCAUUGCUUUUAACUUCUUCCUAGCAUGGUUCCUCUAUAAGUAAGUUGCCUUCUUGCUGCUAAAUCCAUGCACUGAAGUUGUCAGCUGCUUUGGUCCUCAAGAGUUUUCUUCUUCUUUUUCGUCUUUUGCCAAUGAAUUAUGUGGCAUUCUCCUUGGCCCAUUUGAAAUUCCAAAUUUCCUGGAGAAAUCUUUAAUCAGGACCGAAUAAUAUAGCUUAGGUGUGGGAGAUGGUAAUGCAAGAAGAUUUUGAGGUACUUACUGGGAUUCGUCUGUAAUGCUUGUAUAAUGAAAAUGUAAUCUGAAUGCAAAUCAUUUGGGUAUUUAAAAUACAAUAUGUCUGAAGUAAGGUGCACAACCGUUCUUUCUUUUUGUUACAUAAAUACCACUGAAGUGUGUCAUGCAGUGUUACUAAUAUUUAAAGAAAUAAAAAGUACCUUCCCUUA